AUGUUUAGUACAUGGUUAAACCAAAUGAUAUUGUUGGACAAUGUGUUGACACGAUCAAUUGAAAUGGUUAUUGGUAUGAUGACUAUAAUUACAUGUGGAGCUACAUAUUGUCCAUUGAAUCCAAAUGAGCCAGUAGAAAGGCUGUCAGUAUUAGUUUCAGAUUUAGAUAUUGAUGUCUUAAUAUUACAUACACAAACAAAAUUAAAAUGGAAUUCAAAGCAAGAUUUAAAGUGGUAUUCAGCAGCAACAGUUGCAACAAUCUUCUGA